AUGCAGAGAUCCGACGAGAUCGAUAAAGCCGUCAGUACUGGUGCUGCAAGCGACGACGUCGAAACGAUGGAUGUGGAUUUGACGCCGCCCAAGAAGCGGGUCAAAUCCGCCCAGAUCAGCCGCCAGGUGUCUGUCGAAGGCGAUAUGACCCGCGACACUGCCGCUGACGCCCAUCACAUCACAAAACAGCGGGUAUCACCGACCUCCGGCCUUGCAGCUGCUGGCUCGUCGGCUACGACAGAACCCGAGAUCAAAAUCGAGCCGGUGGCAGGAGCACCGCUAUCCGCCUCGCUGCCUGCACACGACACCACGCCAGUUGCGGUCAAGGCUGAGUCGGACCUCCUCGGUGUCACUGCUGAACCCCCAAUCGAAGCCGAUGACGUACCUGCACCGAAAAAGAAGAAGACGACUUCCGUUUCCAGCAAGAGCAAGAAGGGUAGCAGCACGAAGAAGGCUUCGGCAUCGACAAGUGCGCACGCCGAAUCGUCCACCUCGAGUCGAACCAAGGUCAAAGUGGAGGAGAAAGCACCACCGGCUGCAGCACCUGGAGAGGAAGAGGAGGAGGAGGAAGACGAUGCGCUGUACUGCAUCUGCAAGCGGCGGCAGGACGACAUUGAGGGCGGCAUGAUUGCCUGCGACCGAUGCGACCAGUGGUACCACUACCGAUGCAUGGAGAUUACUGAGGAUGACGCCGAGCUCGUCGACCGCUUCGUCUGUCCGCCCUGCCACGAGUUCACGCCGGAGCGCACGACGUACAAGGCGGCAUGUGCGCGUGCAGGGUGCAGGCAUGCUGCGCAGACGCCGUUCAGCAAGUACUGCUCGGACCGAUGUGGUGUCCUUGCGCUGUCGGCACGCCUGGCCGGGCUGAAGGUGAAUAGGAACAAACAGGCAGCGGCGAUGUUCGAGGCAGAUCCGCGCGUCGUGGCUGCGAGAAAGACGGAGGCACUCACACAGAGGACGGACGCAUUCUACGAUGCCAAGGGCGAGUGGGAUCGAGUGGUUGCGGCAGGGCUGUCGGAAGGCGCUACGGAUGCGGCAGUGCAGAGGCUCGGUCUUUCAGGAGCCUUUGCGCUGAUGCGCAGCGCUGACAGCGCACAGCCCUUUCCAAUCGCCAACGGGACGGACCCAGCCGCAGCAAAUGACGAGUCGGCCGAGCAAGCGCCCGCGAAUGCGGAAGGGCCGACGAGCGAUGCUUCGUCCGCUACGAGUCUUAUCGGCCUUGCCGAACAUACGCUUCUGCAUCUCGUCUCGGACCGCGUCCCCACGCUCGUCGCCGCGCCAUCCACCUCCGCACCCGAGGCCACGGACGCAGCCGAGGACGAAGAGAUGCCGGACGAAGCGCGCUCGAAAACCAAGAAGAAGAAAACCACAAAGGGACGGAGCAAGGACGCUGAUGCAGGCUCAGGUCCGCUCUGCGGGUACGAUCAAAGGCUUCACUGGGACGAUCCUGAUUUCGAUGCCUGGGCGCACACCGACCCGGGCCGUUCCAUGCUCGCGCACGAAGCGCCGCUAGAUGGCGAGUUGGACGACCCUGCUGGCCCGAACGCCGUCGUCUGCGCAACGGUGAAGCGCAAAUGCAGGAGGCAUAUCGACUGGUCCAACCUGUGUGAGCUCGCGCUCGAUGCCGAAAAGGCCGCCCUCGCCGCCCAGUCGCGCAUCCUCACGCACAGUAAGCUCGAACUCGCAGCUGCCAAAGACAGAUUGCAUGCAGAGUACGAGGCCGUGCAGCAACUGGCGCAACAGCAGCGAGAUGGCCAGAAAAAGGCGGCCGAGCAGCGAGAUCGCGAUAUGGCUCUCGCCGUCGCAGCGCACGGAACUCGCCGCGCGGCAGUCUAG